AUGGACGUCGCCGCCCUGAGAACUCGCGUCCAGGCUACUCUGUCCGCCAACGCUGAUGCCCGUCGCCAGGCCGAGCUGGAUUUGCGAAAUGUACCACUGCAACUCCCUACCGCCAUAUCCACAUCACUGACACUUUGCCCAGNNGCCGAAGACACGCCCGGCUUCUGCGAGGCCCUGCUGAACAUCCUCGAGGCCGAACAGGACCAAGCAGUGCGCCUAUCUAGUGAGCCUUGCCUUGUGUUUGCACCAACCGCAUGCACAACGACUGACUUGUUUGCCAGCCNNGUCGUCUACCUCAAGAACCGCAUCACCAAGGGCUGGGCUCCCAUCGAGAACGAGCAAACGCGAUUCAAGGCCGUCCCCGAAGGUGACAAGCAGGUCAUCCGCCAACGUCUCGUCCCUAUCCUCGCCGCCUCGCCGCCGCAGAUUCGUGCCCAACUCGUUGCUACCCUGCAAAAGAUCCUCCACUACGAUUUCCCCGACCACUGGCCCGACUUCCUCAACAUCACCGUCAACCUCCUGAACCAGCAGGAUGCCGGAAGCGUCUUUGCUGGUCUGCAAUGUCUGCUGGCCAUCUGCCGCGUCUACCGUUUCAAGAUGGGCGAGACAAGAGAUGACUUUGACAAGAUUGUCGAGAUGACCUUCCCUCAGUUGCUCGCAAUCGCCAACAGCCUAGUCAACGAGACCAGUCUCGAGGCUGGUGAGAUGCUGCGCACUGUCCUCAAGGCCUACAAGCACGCCAUUUACUUUGAGCUUCCGCGUCACUUGCGCGAGCAACAGCAAAUCGUCGGCUGGUGCACUCUUUUCCUGAACAUCGUUGCAAAGGACNCCCCAGCCGAGGCCAUGGUCGAGGAUUUGGACGAGCGCGAGCAGAACCACUGGUUCAAGUGCAAGAAGUGGUCAUACGUCAACCUGAACAGGCUAUACGUCAGGUGCGUUUGCAGUCAAGAUCAAGAGCUGGGAAUGAAGACGAGACUGACAAGAACANGAUACGGAAACCCUUCGAACCUGGCCAAGACCGAGGCUGAGUACCAAGAAUUCGCAAAGAGCUUCAUCAAGGACUUUGCCCCUGAGAUUCUCAAGGGCUACCUGGGCCAGAUCGAGAAAUGGGUUGGCAAGACUACAUGGCUCAGCAAGCCUUGCUUGAGCUUCACCCUGGUCUUCAUGGAAGAGUGCAUCAAGCCCAAGACCAUGUGGGAUCAUCUCAAGCCGCACAUGCAGAUCCUGAUCCAGCACUUGAUCUUCCCCGUCCUUUGCCAGUCCGACGAGGACAUUGAGCUGUUCGAGACCGACCCCUCCGAGUACCUCCACCGCAAGCUCAACUUCUACGAAGAGGUUUCCGCUCCCGAUGUCGCCGCUACAAACUUCCUGGUCACCAUGACCAAGGCCCGCAGAAAGCAGACCUUCUCCGUCCUCAACUACAUUAACGAUGUCGUCAACCGCUACGAAUCUGCUCCCGAGGACCAGAAGAACCCAAGAGAAAAGGAGGGUGCUUUGCGCAUGAUUGGAACUCUGUCUGGUGUCAUUCUCGGCAAGAAGAGCCCUAUCGCAGACCAGGUCGAGUUCUUCUUUGUCAGACACGUCUUCCCCGAAUUCCGCAGCCCUCACGGUUACCUGCGUGCUCGUGCAUGCGACACACUUGAGAAGUUCGAGGCUCUCGACUUCAAAGACUCCAACAACCUCCUUAUCAUCUACCGUAACAUCCUCGAGUCCAUGGCCGAUCCCGAGUUGCCCGUCCGUGUCGAGGCUUCGCUCGCUCUGCAGCCCCUCAUUCGUCACGAUGUUAUCCGUAUUUCCAUGCAAGGCGACAUUCCUCAGAUCAUGCAGCAGCUUCUUAAGCUGGCCAACGAGGUCGAUGUCGAUGCUCUGGCCAACGUCAUGGAGGACUUUGUCGAGGUCUUUGCCGCUGAGCUCACUCCCUUCGCCGUUGCUCUCAGCGAGCAACUUCGCGAUACUUACCUUCGUAUCGUCCGUGAGCUGAUCGAGCGCAACUCGUCCAAGGAGGGCGAUGACGAGUAUGGUGACUUCUUGGACGACAAGAGCAUUACUGCUUUGGGUGUUCUUCAGACUAUCGGUACCCUCAUUUUGACCCUCGAGAGCACCCCUGACGUUCUGGCUCACCUCGAGACUAUCCUCAUGCCCGUCAUUACCAUCACCCUGGAGCACAAGUUGUACGAUCUCUACAACGAAGUCUUUGAGAUCAUUGACAGCUGCACUUUUGCCGCCAAGACCAUCUCCUCUACCAUGUGGAACGCGUUCGAGCUGAUUCACAGAACCUUCAAGUCUGGUGCCGAGCUCUACCUCGAAGAUAUGCUCCCUGCCCUCGAGAACUUUGUCAACUACGGUAGCGAGGCUCUCAUUCACCAGCCUCAGUACCUGGAAGCCAUUGUAGACAUGAUCCGCACCAUCUUCCAGAACGAUUCUGUCGGUGGUGUUGAGCGUAUCUGCGGUUGCAAGCUUGCUGAGAUGCUCAUGCUCACUCUCCGUGGACACAUUGACAACUACAUCCCUGAGUUUGUCAUGAUCGCCAUGACUGUGCUGAACAACGAUGACGUUAAGGUCAAGUCGUACCGCAUCCACUUGAUGGAGACCGUCAUCAAUGCUCUUUACUACAACCCCAGCCUCGCAUUGCACAUUCUUGAAUCCAACGGCCAGACUAACAAGUUCUUCAGCCUGUGGUUCUCAAGUAUCGACAUCUUCACUCGUGUCCACGACAAGAAGUUGUCUAUCGCCGCCAUCACUUCUCUCAUUGUUUUGCCUGCAGACCAAGUUCCCGUCAGUGUACAACCUGGCUGGCCUCGUCUGCUCCAAGGUAUCGUUCGUCUUUUCCAGACCCUUCCUGCGGCAAUCAAGAACCGCGAGGAGGCAACUCGGGAAGAUGACUUUGGCCUUGGUGGCGAUUACGAUGAUGAGGAAGAGGAUGAAGAGUGGGAGGGUGAAGUUGACUGGACAGCUGAGGAGAUUGAGGGCGAGGCAGACGAUGUCAAGGAUGAAAGCGCUGCUUACCUCGACUUCCUGUCACAGCAAGCAUCCAAAUUUAGCUCCAUUGGCGAUGAUGACGAUGAUGAUGAGUUGGAAGAGGAGUCAUUGCUUGAGACACCUUUGGAUAAGGUUGAGCCAUAUGGCAUGUUCAAGCACGCACUUUUCCGUAAGUUCAAGAUAAGACUACAAGUGUCCAAAGAUCGACCACUAACAACACCUCACAGUANNCUCCAGCAACAACAACCUCAGCUCUACCAAGACCUGACCAAGACGCUGAGCCCUGAGGAGCAACAAAUCAUUCAAACGGCUGUAAAUCAGGCCGAUCAGAUUGCUGCUCAACAGGCUGCUCUAGCACAACAGGUCACCGAAGGAGCAGCACCGCUCAACGGCGGCAUCUAA